AAGCAACACUUUGUUAUAAACUUAGGUUAUGUAUAUAGAUAGGUUACGUUAAUAUUGUAAGUUAAUAGUGACCAAAAAGUUGAGUACCAGUCAUAAUAUAUUUUUAUAUAAGAUCCAUUUAACUUCUCAGUUAUGAAUAGCGAUCAAUGAAUUUUAACUCAGUAAUUUAAAGUUUACCUUACUGUUACAAGACUAGAAGUUCUUGGGCUCAUACGAGAGAAGAAUUAUAAACUGGAAUGAAGCUAUCGAGUUUAUGAACAGAUUUUUAUAUGAUACUAGUCCAUAACAAAAAGUAGUUCAUUGGUACAGCCAGAGACUUUAUCACUAAAAUUAGUGUAUUCGGAGUACGAAUACUGUCUCAGUUACUGAUUCACUUUACCUAAUAAAAUUAUUGCGGUUGGAUGGGAAACCAGCUUGUUAGUUGAUUUAAAACUUGUAAUAUCAAAGGUUUCCAACGGUUAUGUAGCUUAACCAAUAGAUUACAAUGUAUUACUUCAUCAGGAAGAUUUGCUCAUCAUUUCCUGCUUCAAUACCAGUCUGUUUCAGUGAUUAAUUUACAAAAUUCUUUGCCAGUUUUUAUUUACAGUCGUCUCAGAGAUUUGUUUCAACUUUACAUCUUUUCUCCAAUUUUUUAUUUCACUUAAAUUAGAUUUUGGAAAUAAUGAUUCAAGGCGGAAAAGAACUGAGAUAAAGAACUUUUCCAUCCCUUUAAAACAAUUCACAUAUUCGAUUCUCAUGUCAACAAGAGGGAUUAAACUUGUCUUCCAGAUAGUAUUUAUGCAUAUUGAUUACCCUUGCUAUUGUCACCGUUACGGUCACCGUCAGUGUUGCCAUAUUCUUCUUCCAGUAUUGACAGUCUCCUAGUGGAUAAACACUUCUUACGUUUAUUCGUCAUUCAUUUUGUUUACUGGUUGGAAAUUAUUUAUUAAAACAAGAUCAAGAAGAAUUAACUGGAUCGACCAAUUUUGUACGUGUGUAUGCGUUCUUGUGUAAAUAAAUAAAUAAACAUAUACGUACGUCUGUGUACGUGAUUGAUUGGCUGUGUGCACACACACAUAUACAUACUUGUUUACUACUCUCUUAAUUCUAUCAUGCUUCAUAGUGUUGGUCUUAGUGAUCCAACUGGAGCAGCGACAGUGGUUUAUCCACAUUUUACACCAUUCCCACCACCAAAUUCAUCAACAUUAAAUUCCAAUGAAAAUUCUAGUCAGUUUCCAAAUAAUACAACUAAUAACAGUAAUGGUAAUAAUAAUGCUAACAAUAAUGGUAUGUACACAUCGAGUACAGCCGCAGCAGCAGCGGCAGCGGUUGCUGCGUUAACUGCCGCUGCAGCUGCAUCAGCUGGUCUACCGUCGAAUAUUAAAGAUUCCAGAUGGUUAACACUUGAAGUAUGCCGACAAUAUCAACGAAAUCAAUGUUCAAGAGAUGAAAAUGAAUGUAAAUUCGCUCAUCCACCAACACAUGUCGAUGUACAAAGUGGACGUGUUAUUUGUUGCUAUGAUUCAAUUAAAGGUAAAUGUCAACGUCGAGAUCCACCUUGUAAGUAUUUGCAUCCACCACAACAUUUACGUGAACAAUUAAUACAAAAUGGUCGAAAUAAUAUGAUUAUGAGAAAUGUACAGUUUCAAUUGCUACAACAACAAUUAUUAGCCCAAACUGGUGUUGGUCCAUUGGCAGCGGCAGCAGCGGCUGCCGCUGCAGCAAAUCCAACUCAAGGAACAUUAGCAAAUAAUUCAAAUUCUUUAAUUUAUACAACACCAGCUGCAUUAGCUCUUACCAAUCAAACUGGUGCACCAUCAGCUUAUCCGCUACUUAAUAUUGGAUUCAGUCCAUAUUUGAAUGCAAUUACAGCUAAUGGAAUGACAAGUUUACAUGGUGUUCCAAAUUUACCAACACAUAUAUCAACUAACACACCACGUCAUCUACUUAAUACUAACAAUACAAUAAAUGGUUUAUCAAAUAAACGAUCUAGUCUACCAGAUACUAAAACUGAUUUUUCAUCAAUUUAUACUCCAUGUGGAAUAGUAACACAAGUAAAUGGAGGUAAAUUAAAUUCACAAAAUGAUCACCACAGUCAUCAUCAUCACCAUCAACAAAAUCAACAUCAUCAUAAUCAUCAUCACAAGUUGAAUGGGUCAACAGGAUUAAUAAAUGGAACUACUAAUGAAACAGGGAAUAUUAAAGAACAUAGUCAAUCACCUGGAAUACGUGUUACUUCUGCUGUAUCAAAUACUAAUAAUUGUGUUGGAAUUGGGACUGCUACUGGUUGUAAUAGUAAUGGUGGGGGUAGUUCAGGGAGUAAUUGUACCAAUGGAAAUAAUAAUAAUACAAUGAAUGCAACAGCAGCGGCUGCCGCAGCUGCGGCAGCAGCAUUUUUCAGCUUACAACAACAGUCACAACAACAAAAUUCCAUCGGUUUGGGUUUACCACCUCCACAGCCAGCACCACCAUCAGCAGCGGCAGGAGCACAUGGGAAUCCGAUUCCAUUAACAGCGGCAUCAUUAGCUGCAGCUGCGUCGUUAGCAGCCGCUGCUGCAGCGGCAAAUCGAGUUAUUGGACCGCAUAAUACAUUGUCGUCACAUUUUCCUGUUGCAUUACCCGACCACACAGGUUAUUUUCAAGCUCCUUAUCAUAUUGAAAUACCAUCAUUUUCUUACCAAUAAUGAAUUAAAAAGCAAACAAACAAAUAAUUGAAAUGAUAAAAAGAAAUACAUUUUUUGAAAAUCCCAUCAUUUUACAAUGAAUUGUUAAUCAAUUAAACCUAAACAAUAUUCACAAAAGAUUCAUUAAUACUAAACUAAACAGGAUGUACAACAAUAAUAUUUAUAAUAAACAUUCUCUUUUUCUUCUCUUUUUUUUUCUUUCUUUCAAUUUUGAUUAUUUUUAUUUCCAAAGAAACUUCCCCCCCUCUCUCGGUAAUAAUAUUCCUAAUGAGAUUCUAGUUUAUGUAACCAUUUAAAAUUCUUAGUAUUAAAAUUUUUAAGUUUUGUUUUAGUCACUAUCGUGUGCACGCUCACGCUCUCCCUCUCCUUGACUGUUAUUGUUGUGUUCGUGUGCGUAUGUGUGUGCGCGCGUAUGUGUACUUGUUCUGGUUUAUUUAAACAAGUUAAUUUGAUGUUUGUUUGUCUUUUUUUUUCGACAACAACAAAAAAAUGCGCCUUUUUUAUUUCAUUGACCGAAGUGAAUCUUCCAUUAAAAUUAUAAUUACAACGGUUAAUUUAUAAUAAUAUUAUUAUUUAUAUUUAUUUAUUUAUUAAUUUGUUUAUUUAUUUACCUAUAUACAUACAACGAUAUUUAUUUAUUCCAAAGAAGGUGGAAACGAACUGAACACACAUAUGUACACACACAGAGAGAGAGAGAGAGAGAGAAGAAGAAACGAAUUGAGCUAAGAAAAAAACUAUUGAACAAUUCCAAAAACAAAAUAAAAUAAAAACCUUCAAGCAUUUGUUACUUUAUCCAUUUAUUGUUUUAUGAUAUAUUUUACAACUUUUUUUUAAAAAAAAAUUAAAAAAUUUAUUUAUUUUAUUUUUUUCAAUAACAAAUUAAACAUUGAAACACUCAUAGUAACUAAAUUCAAAUAAAAUAAGGAAUAAGGAAUAAUUAAAUAUCUAAUGUAUAUGUAUAUAAUAUACAUGUUUAAAUGUUUCAUUUAUUCAGUUUUAUAAUAAUCAUUAAUUUAUCGAAUUAAUAUUUUCCCUUUCUUUAAAAGUCAUCGUUACAUAUAUCACAGAUAGUUUUAUGUGUGCUGUUGAUGUAUUUCUCUCUCUCUGUGUGUAUGUAUGUAUGUAUGUGUUUCUAUCCAAUCACGUACAUCUAUGCAUACACAUACAGUAUAUUAUACUUUAUUCUAUGAUAUAUUCUUAAAUAUAUGUGAAUGGUCUAUUUAUAAUUCACUAAUUAAUCACUUAUUGUUUUACAUUUAUGAAUGAUUUUAUAUGUUGUUUUUAUUUAUUAACAGAUGGGUAAAUAUUAUAUUAUCUUAGUUACUAUUUUCUUCUUACUUCUUUCUCUUUAUUUUUUCGUUUUUUCACUUUUUUCCUCAUAUUCAAUAACCAAUUUCGCCUUUUAUUAAAUUUUGUUCUUCAAAUUACACUUGUUUGUCUUUUUUAAAAUGAUGUAUGACUGUUAGAAAAGAAAAUGAUAAGAAGCAACUAUUAAUGUGAAUGAUACGUUUUUGUUUUUCUGUUCCAUUACAACGAAUUAAGGUAUUGAUUUUUUGUUGUUGUUGAGAAAACCAAAUGACAAAUUAUUUCGUGUACAACUAAUUCCUCUUGGUCCUACAAAGCAUAAAAUAAAUAAAUCAAUAAAUUUUAAAGUGACAAAUAAUUAGGGCGGGGGGUAGGGAAACAACCCUUAAAUGAGAAACUUUAUUCAUGUUAUUUAUCACUCAAACAUAAUUCAUUAUUUUUCAUAUUGAUCAUCACUCGUCAGUCUUAUCCUGGGGUCUUUCACACCCUUGGAUUCGAGAAUUUAACUAAAAAAACCCAUUUAUACUGAUCAGUAUUAUAUAAUUCUUUAUUCGAUUUUAUUGAUGACAACUAUAGAAACGAUGAGGGGUUAGGUGUUAGAGAUAAUCUAGAAGAGUGUUUUCUCUUUUUCUUUGUGUGACUUGUUCACUUUUAUUAGUUACUUCUUAGGUUUGAAAGUCUAUCUAUCUAUUUAUCAUACAAACAUUUUAUUUCAGAUUAUGUGUAUCUGUAUGUUUGUGUGUUAUUUUUUAUUCCAAAUUUCAUUUCCUGAUCGUAGUAUUAGUACUGACAGAUAUCGUUACUCAAUUCACUAUUAUUUAUUCAGUUAUUUGUUAAUUAAUUCAUCAAAUGAUUCUUUGUUCAUUCUUUUGUUUAUCUGUGCGUGUGUGUGUGUGUGUGCAUGAUCUAACAUGUAUUAUCCAUGAUGAUAGUCAUUAUUGCAAUAAUAAAGAUGAUAAGGAUUAUAAUAUGAAAUAGAUAAGUAUUAUUACAUUUUGUAUUACAAUAAUUAACCCACAUACAAAUCCACUCAUUAUAUUCGUUAUAUUCAUAUAAGUCAUUUAAACAACUAAAUACAUUUCGUAUACCCGCCCCCCCCAUUAAAAAAAUUCAUAAAACAACAUAGAAUUGAAUUCAAAUGAAUAUUAACACAGAGAUUAAUACCAUUAUAUUGUGUUUAUUAAUCUGAUCAAUAAUUUCGACUUUCCAUGUGACUUCUUCAAAUCAUUGUGUUUUAAAAGAAAAAUCGAUAAUUCUCAAUCUACUUUCUCAUUAAUUGUUCUCUAACUUGUGUUUUCAAUGUUUAGUUCUUCUUAUGAUAUCAUGAUGUAAUCAAAUUUGGAUUAUGAUUCUUUCACAUUAAUUAAGAAAAAUAAACACAAACAAAAUGAAUUCUUUCUUUGAUUCUGUUUUGUUGUUUUUGGUGUGAUCAUGUUGUUUUGAUGUUUGGUUGUUCUUUUUUUUUUACUAAAAAAGUGUAAUUCAUAUCAGAAAAAAGUGUAAAAUGUAUGUAGUACCUUGAUAUUGUUGAAUGUAAAUCAAGAUAAUAAUUACAGACAAACAAAAACACACUUAGAAACAUACUAUCCUCUUUUUUAAUUGUCUUUAUGAAAAUAUAGAAAAAAAAAACUUGAUUCUAUCUAUCUUUCCAUUAAAUUGUUCCAAUUUGUUUCUCGUAAGCAUGUGUGAACUCUUAAACAUUAUACAAGAUCAUAUUGAAGAGACAAACAUAUAUCCUCUCACUAAUCAGUAAAUGAUUUAAUGUUCCAUACAUUCGUGACGAGGGAUUCCAUUUUAUUGUUAUCGUUGUGGUUAUUAUUACCAUUAUUAUUUUGUUUGUUAUGAUUAUUUUUUUUUGACAACUCAUCGUGAUUCUUCUAUUAUUAUGUCUACAUACAUACAUACAUACAUACAUACAUACCUACAAACAUACUACACACAUACAUACACUAACACGACAGUUAUUAUUAUUACCAUUAUGACAACAACGAUUAACCCUAGUAACAUCAAUUGAUGUUGAUUUCGAAAACGAUUAUCAAUCAGUGUAGAAAAGAGUUCGAAUGAAGAAGUAAUUGGAAAAUGUUCAAAAUAGUUUCAUCAUGUGCCUCAAACUAAAUCAAAUAAACAAAUCAAUACGUUAACAAAAGUUACUCAGUGUUUUUAAUUAUAAUUUACUAAUAUUAUUAUUAUUAUUAUCAUUAUUAUUAUUAUUUACAUUCUUGUUAUGACUAUUAAAAUGUGUGAUCUGUGUAGUUUUGUUUUGAAAUUUGUUCAGUUUGGUGUAAUAAAUAGUUGUGAUAAGGAUAUAAAAUGUUAAUUGACAGUUGCGACUAAAAUGGAUGCUUUUUAAUUUGUAGGUGUUUAUUUAUGUUAUUAAGGACUGUAAUUGAUCAGUCACUUUUAACAUUUGUACAUCCUGGGAGGAUCUCCUCGAUAUUACCAGACAUUCAUGAGUAUUUUAAUCAGAUUACCAGUUGCAUAUACGAUGUGCGAUUGGUCCUAUUUGGGACUUGUCUGUUCACAUUGGGACUAUAUCCCAAACCUGAGUUUCAAUGCUGGUCUCUAUCGAAUUUUACCAAAAUUACCUGUGGAUAUCAGGUGAUAUCGUGGCAAUCCGCUAAGGAUGCACAAAUACAAAAAGUAGCUAACUAGUAACAUUCGUGUUAUCACUAAGAUGAUACGAAUAAUUUCAAGUAAUCUCGUUUCACAAGACAGUGGUUAUCUGAAAUCAGUAGUUAAGUGGACAACAAAUUACGUGUUUAGAUUGAAACGCAUUGGCUUCUAUUCCUGGUGCAGACAUCAACACCGUGAUGUAUACCCAUCUGACAAAAUCCCCAUCCUAGAUUGCACUGCUAGCCACCACCCAACUUUUCUAAAUUUAGUCGUUUGAUCAGGGGUUAAGAAAAUGAAGUUUAUUUCAAGAUUACGCUGUAACAACACAUUUCGAAUAAUCUCGAAUGUUUGUUAGGAUAUUUAUUGGAGGAACGAGGUUCGUACAAAACAAAUUAAAAAAUAAGGAAGAGCAGAGAUAAUAAUGAAAAUGCAUAUGCAUCAUACUAUUUUGAAUAGUAAAAUCAAUUAAAAUUAUCACGGUAGGUUUAAUGCAAGUAAAGAUUCUUUUUGUAACAAAAAGAUGGAAUUGAGUUUUCGUAGGGAUAGGGUUUUAGCAAAUCUAGGUAUUGACCGUAGAUCACUUUUCUGCAAACUAAUCCUAUGGCCAGUAUCAACUAUAUUUGCAGUGGAGAAAGAUUGAUGUUUAUCAUUUGUUUUUAAUGGGCCAUUGAAAUGUAUUUGUUUUUCCAGCCACUUUUAUUUGGAUAUUACAGUCACUCUUCAAUAUAUAUAUAUGUAUGGCUGUACAUACAUGUAAGUUCGUAAAGACAUUAAGAAUUAACGCAAUUGUCUACCCGCUGUCUAGGUUUGUUUGUUUUUCAAUGAUAAUGACCAUAGUUGUAUAGUACGUCGCAUUGAUAGUCGAUUUAGCCUUCUUUUCAACACAUGGUUACUUGACUAACCAAUGAACCAUGCAGACAUACUUUUUUAGAUCCCAAAAAAAUAAUUAUCCACAUAAUAUAUUUUUUCAAUCCGUUUAUAGAUUUUAAUAUCCAUUCUUUACCAGUUUUCCACUUAGAAGCCUAAUCUUGUCUUCAGUAGUAUUGUGGUGUGGGUUACUUAUAUCUACAUAAGUAGUAUAAAACGGUGGUCAGGCAUAGAAUGUAUUUCAGUGGAAGAUUGAAAGGGAAAGAACGGAACCGGAAAGCAAUUGGUAUGAAAAUGCAUGAACAAUGAAAUCUGAGAC